GAGCUCUGAAGUUUAGAUUAUGUGAAAGUUCUCCCCUUUUACGGUCCUGUGUUCGUAAUUCGUGAAUUGUCAGUACUGUCUACUGUCAAGUGAAUAUGAGAUCAAGCGGGAUGAAUUGGCUGAAUUGGAUUUUAAGUGGACAGUUCGAAAACUCUCCUAUGCUGGGAGACUUGUUUAUAGUUUGGUGAAAUUUUUUGUGCCAAACCUUUCUUUUGAGUAAGAAAGUUAUUAGAGCACUGGAGAAAUGUUGAUCUUGUAAGCAGAAUCUUCGUGGUGGCUCUAAAGUUGGUUGGGACUUUGUGUGCCUUCCUAAGCAAGAGGGAGGGCUUGGGCUGGAUUUAUGGAACAUAUAUUGUAUUAUGAGAUGCCUAUGAAGAUUAUUGAGCUGGGCUGGUUCUCUUUGGAUCGCCCGAAUUUAUCACUAUCCUUUGGCAAGGAGUACCAUAUGGUCUGUUUCACCCUCUGCUGAUUGCACCUUUGCUUGGAGAAAGCUUUUAACGUUCAGACCCUACCUUACACCUGUCAUUAAAAAUGUCAUAGGAAAUGGGACAUCCACAUACUUACGGGUAGAUAAUUGGCAUCCCCAUGGAAUUCUAUUGGAGGUAUUGAAUUUGGUUUCCAAGAGAUGCCUAUGGGAGGAGCUGCUUUAGACUUGACUGGAGUUCCAUUGCCAGACGAGACACUAUCAGCAGCUCGGCAAUCUGAUGCUGUUCUUCUUGGAGCAAUUGGAGGGUAUAAGUGGGACAAUAACGAAAAACAUUUGAAGCCAGAAACUGGGCUGCUUCAAUUAAGAGAAGGUCUUAAAGUAUUUGCAAACUUACGGCCAGCAACUGUAUUACCUCAGUUAGUUGAUGCUUCAACUUUGAAGAAAGAGGUCGCUGAAGGUGUUGACCUACUGGUUGUAAGGGAGCUCACAGGCGGAAUAUACUUUGGGAAACCAAGGGGUUUUAGUUCCAAUCAAAAUGGUGAGGAGAUUGGUUUUAAUACUGAAGUAUAUGCAACAAGUGAGAUUGAUCGCAUUGCUCGAGUUGCUUUUGAGACUGCCCGAAAGAGGCGUGGAAAUCUUUGCUCCGUCGACAAAGCUAAUGUGUUGGAGGCAUCAAUGCUUUGGCGGAGAAGAGUCACUGCAAUUGCCCUUGAAUACCCUGAUGUUGAACUAACCCAUAUGUACGUAGACAAUGCCGCGAUGCAGCUCGUUCGUAAUCCAAAGCAGUUUGAUACAAUUGUAACAAACAAUAUAUUUGGUGAUAUAUUGUCUGAUGAGGCUUCAAUGAUUACUGGAAGUAUUGGGAUGCUUGCAUCAGCAAGUCUUGGCGAGAAGGGGCCUGGACUUUUUGAACCUAUUCACGGUUCUGCUCCCGAUAUUGCUGGACAGGAUAAGGCAAACCCGUUGGCGACUGUGUUAAGUGCUGCUAUGCUUUUGAAGUAUGGACUAGGGGAGAAAAAUGCAGCAGAGCGAAUAGAAGCUGCUGUGCUCGAUACUCUCAAUAGAGGCUUCCGGACUGGUGACAUAUACUCUGACGGCAAUACAUUGGUUGGAUGCAAACAAAUGGGUGAAGAGGUACUGAAGUCGGUGGAAUCUGAAGUUCUGGACCCACUAUAAUAACCAGGAGUAUGUCAUAAUUACAAAGAUCACGAAGAUGGUAAGGAGUGAACUGAGUUGCCACUGUGAAAGAUCGGCUAGAUGUCUACUUGGUUAUGGCAUUGGCUAUUUUAUCAUUUUCAGACCGAGCCCCUAUAUCGGAACAGUUUACCAUUUCGUGGUGAUGUUGCUAUCAUUCAGAUCGUGAGGAAAAUCCAUCCAUUUACAGGCUUUGUCAAUUUGUCAUGCAGAAACUAGAUAAGACUAAUUUGAAAUGACAGACAAUGUGAGAUUCUCGUUCCUUCUGUUUA